GAUUACUGCCCCAGGCCAUCAUCUCUUUCGCGCCAUUCUAUUGUUCACAUUUCAGUAUAUAAAAGCUCUCGCAAGGUUCACAGACUUGCCUGAUCGAUUCGAAGCUCGCAACGAUGACGGACGGUCACCUAUUCAACAAUAUUUCUCUUGGUGGUCGCGGUGGCACUAAUCCAGGUCAACUCAGGGUUCAUUCAGGAGGCAUAUUGUGGAAAAAACUAGGAGGUGGGAAAGCUGUUGAAGUAGAUAAGACUGAUAUCGUUGGCCUCACCUGGAUGAAGGUACCCCGUACUAAUCAGCUGGGGGUCAGAAUUAAAGAUGGUUUAUACUACAAAUUCACUGGGUUCCGUGACCAGGAUGUGGCUACCCUUAGCAGUUUUUUUCAGAAUGCUUGUGGGAUAACACCUGAAGAGAAACAGCUUUCUGUCAGUGGGAAAAACUGGGGUGAAGUUGAUCUAAAUGGGAAUAUGCUGACUUUUCUGGUUGGUUCAAAGCAAGCAUUUGAGGUGUCUUUAGCAGAUGUCUCCCAAACACAACUUCAAGGGAAAAAUGAUGUCCUUUUGGAGUUUCAUGUGGAUGACACAACUGGAGCUAAUGAGAAAGAUUCACUGAUGGAGAUAAGUUUCCACAUACCUAAUUCCAACACUCAGUUUGUUGGUGAUGAAAAUCAUCCUCCUGCUCAGGUCUUCCGUGACAGAAUCAUGUCAAUGGCAGAUGUUGGUGCAGGCGGUGAAGAAGCUGUUGUUAUGUUUGAUGGAAUUGCAAUUCUCACUCCCAGGGGCCGAUACAAUGUUGAACUUCAUCUUUCAUUUUUACGGCUUCAAGGGCAAGCAAAUGACUUUAAAAUCCAGUAUAGCAGUGUUGUUCGUCUCUUUUUACUGCCCAAGUCCAACCAACCACAUACCUUCGUUAUUGUUACUCUUGACCCACCCAUCCGUAAAGGCCAAACUCUCUAUCCGCAUAUUGUAUUACAGUUUGAGACAGACUAUGUAGUGGAAAGCACCCUAUCCAUGAAUGAUGAUCUUUUGCAUACCAAAUAUAAGGACAAGCUGGAACCAUCUUAUAAGGGCCUGAUUCAUGAAGUUUUCACAUUGAUAUUGCGUGGCUUGUCUGGCGCCAAAGUUACUAGACCAGGAAAGUUCCGCAGCUGUCAAGAUGGCUAUGCAGUAAAGUCUUCAUUGAAAGCUGAAGACGGUCUCUUGUAUCCACUUGAAAAAAGCUUCUUCUUUUUACCCAAGCCUCCAACCCUAAUUCUUCACGAAGAGAUUGACUAUGUGGAAUUUGAGAGGCAUGCUGCUGGAGGCUCAAACAUGCAUUACUUUGAUCUUCUUAUCAGAUUGAAGACUGAGCAAGAGCAUCUCUUCAGGAACAUUCAGAGAAAUGAAUAUCACAAUCUUUUUGACUUCAUCAGUGGGAAAGGUUUGAAAAUCAUGAAUCUGGGAGGUGUCCAAACUGCAGAUGGUGUUGCUGCUGUUUUGCAGAAUGACGACGACGAUGCGGUUGAUCCCCAUCUUGAGCGGAUUAAGAAUCAAGCAGGUGACGAUGAGAGUGAUGAGGAGGAUGAAGAUUUUGUUCUUGACAAGGAUGACGAAGGCUCACCUACGGAUGAUUCUGGGGGAGAGGAAUCUGAUGUGAGCGAGAGUGGAGAUGUGAAAGAGAAACCUGCCAAAAAGGAGUCCAAGAAGGAGCCUUCUUCGAAGGCUUCCUCUAGUAAGGGCAAGUCUAAAGAUGGUGAUGAAGAUGGUUCAAAGAAGAGGAAACAGAAGAAGAAGAAGAAGGAUCCCAAUGCACCAAAGAGGGCCAUGUCUGGUUUCAUGUUCUUCUCACAGAGUGAAAGGGAGAACAUCAAGAAAAGUAAUCCUGGAAUUUCAUUCACUGAUGUGGGGAGGGUUCUCGGAGAUAAAUGGAAAAAGAUGUCAGCUGAGGAGAAAGAACCAUAUGAAGUGAAGGCCCGUGCGGAUAAAAAGCGCUACAAGGAUGAGAUCAGUGGUUACAACAACCCUCAGCCUAUGAACAUAGAUUCGGGAAAUGAAUCUGACAGUGCAUAGUUUUAGAGAUUGUUUCUUGUCAUGCCAAGAGCGGGUGCUAUAGCUUGGGGGGUAUUCAGAGGAGGUUAAUGAUGUUUUCUGCAAUUCUUAUGUUGUACCAGCUUUCCCCUGGUUGAUAUACCUUUGCCUUAAAUUGCUCCUUUUAGAGUAUAGAAUGCCUAAUUGUCUGGUUGGUACCCGGAGCUAUAUUAAGGUAAAAAUGAAGAAAGGGGCAAUUCAGAAAUUUUACUAGUUCA